CAACACCAAAAUGUUUCGAAUCAUUUUAAUCUUAGCGCUGAGCAUUGCAAUCCGCGCAGCAGUUCCUCCGACCAACAUCACAGCCUCCCCCUUUGCAUGGAUUCUGGACGUUGCCGGGGUUCCACUGGACAAACUGAAGGAAACGCGUCUCCAUCCGGCGAUCAAUGUUUUCAGCGAAGACAUCAUCCUUCCGGAUAGAUUCGACGCGCGGGAAAGGUGGCCUGAGUGCGGCAGCUUGAAAGAGAUCCGCACUCAAGGAUGCUGUGGUUCGUGCGCGUACGUCUCGGGGGCGUCGGCCAUGACCGAUCGGUGGUGCAUCCAUUCCAAGGGCCAGCAGCACUUCGUGUUCGGGGCGUUCGAUUUGCUGUCCUGUUGUUAUGCUUGCGGAGGUGGCUGCACUGGCGGUGGCAUUCCCGGACCAAUUUGGACCUACUGGGUGAAGCAGGGCGUUUCGAGUGGCGGACCGUUCAAUUCCGACGAGGGUUGCCAUCCGUAUCCGAUGCCACCGGUUUGUCCGUCCAAGGAAGACCAUCCGGAUGAGCCAAACUGCUCUCGGCAGUGCCAUCAGGGUUACAAUGUAACCGAUUGUACGAUGGAUCGUCGGUUCGGUCGGGUGGCGUACUCAGUGCCGGCUGAUGAGCGGAAGAUUAUGGAGGAGAUUUUCGUGAACGGACCGGUACAGGCGGUGUUCCAGUGGUAUGCCGAUAUUGUGAACUAUUCCGGAGGAGUUUACAGACAUAAGACGGGACAUUUGAAGGGAGGACAUGCGAUCAAGCUGAUCGGAUGGGGAGUGGAAGAUGGCACCAAAUAUUGGCUGGUAGCAAACUCAUGGGGCAAGGUUUGGGGAGACAACGGCUUCUUCAAGAUUGUGCGGGGUGAGAAUCAUUGUGGAAUUGAAGAAAAUGUACAUGCAGGGCUGCCAAGUUUUGUGCAAUAUAAUUAAAUGAA